AGCUAUCUCUCAAGGAGACAACCAGAACUGUCCUGCUCCAGUCUGCCUCUGAACAGCUCCGGGCACUCUGUGCAGCAAGGGGCUCAAGAGAUGACAGGCACCUAGACUCAAUCUACCCCCAACUUUGGGGGCCAGGAGACAGCCAUGAUGCUCAACUGGAAGCUGCUGGGGAUCCUGGUCCUUUACCUGUGUGCCGGAGGCAUCUCAGGCAGUGGAGAGCACCCCCCUCCCCCACCCACAGAGGCUGGAGAGGAGGAGGGCUCCCCAACAUUGCCUCAGGGGCCCCCCAUCCCUGGUGAUCCCUGGCCAGGAGCACCCCCUCUCUUUGAGGACCCUCCACCUCCAGGCCCCAGUCGUCCCUCAAGAGACCUGCCAGAAUCUGGAGUCUGGCCUCCUGAGCCCCCGAAAACCGAUCCCCCUCAACCUCCCCGGCCUGAUGACCCCUGGCCAGCAGGACCCCAGCCUCCAGAAAACCCCUGGCCUCCUGCCCCUGAAGUGGACCAUGGAUCUCAAGAGGAGCCAGACCUUGACCCACCGCAGGAAGAGUACAGAUAAAGGGAUUUCCCCCACAGGCAUCCUGGGCCUCCAGGCAGAGUGCCUCUCAAGCUUAUUUGUACCAUUCUGAUUCCUCUUCAAUUCUUCCACCAGCCUCAAUUUCCUUCCUCAUUCCUUCAAUUUUAUUCUGAACUCUGAAAGUGUCAUUCUCAAUAUUUUACGUCCAUUCUUGAGAUCCACUCCACAUUUUCCCUCCUUUUUUCUCUGACAGCUAAAGCAUACACCCCUACCUCAUGUCCUGUCCUCUCCCCUCUACCUGCUUCCCACCUCCUCCCUCUUCCCCACCCCUGGGGCUUCUGGAGCUAGACUGGCGGCGCUUUGUUCUCUGCUGCCACCUGGUGGCUUAUAGCUGGGAACUAUCAGGAGACCCUGACCCCACUUCCAUGAAAUGGAAAAAUAAA